AGCGUUUCGACGGUCAAGGCCAACUCUGCACGAUGGCCAAGGCAACGUCUGCUGCCGCGUCCGUGGAUGGGAAGAAGGCUGGCACGUAUUCCAAGGAAGAACCUCACGUGGAGGAGAAAGUGCCGCUGGUCGCGGCAUUCCUGUGCUACUUCAACUUUGCGAUCCUCAUCACGUUUGGCCGAAUCCGCGACUUUUUCGGGUGGUGGAGCGGGUACUCGCGAUACCACUCGAAGGGCGUGAACAAGGAGGGGUACGCCGAUAUGUUCAUUCCGUGGGAGAACUUUUACACGAAUCGCAUCUACCACCGUGUCCAAGACGUGUUUAACCGACCAGUCUCGUCCGCCCCUGGUGCGCGCAUCGACGUGAUCCAGCGCGUGUCGACCGACGGCAACAAGUCCAUGCAGUGGACGACGAAGACCCAAAACUGCCUUAACUUGGGCUCGUACAACUACCUCGGAUUUGCCGAUGACUGGAUGAACACGUGCGCGUCGAUGGUCCUGCCCGAGGUCGACACACACACUGUGUGCAGCAACUCGCCGUCGGCCGAGUAUGGCACAACCCCAGUGCAUCUUGAACUGGAAGCGAUCGUGGCCGAGUUUGUCGGAAAGGAGGCGGCAAUCGUGUUCAACAUGGGCUAUGGCACCAACUCGACGUCGAUUCCGGCGUUGAUGGGGCCGGGGACACUCGUCCUCAGUGACGCGCUCAAUCACACGUCCAUCGUCAACGGUAUUCGCGCGUCCGGAGCCUCCGUAGCUGUGUUCAAGCACAAUAGCGCCAAGCACUUGGAAGUCAUGCUGCGCACCAAGAUUGCGAGUGGCCAGCCCCGCACGCAUCGUCCCUGGAAAAAGAUCUUUGUCGUCGUCGAAGGAAUUUACUCGAUGGAAGGAGAGAUCUGCAAGCUUCGGGCCAUUGUGGAUGUUGCCAAGAAGUACAAGGCGUACAUGUACGUGGACGAAGCGCACAGCAUCGGGGCGCUCGGUCCGACCGGCCGCGGCGUGUGCGAGUACACGGGUGUUUCGCCCAGUGAAAUCGAUAUUCUGAUGGGAACGUUCACCAAGUCGUUUGGUGGUAUGGGGGGGUACAUCGCCGCCUCCAAGGACGUGAUCGAGUUGCUACGCAGCGCGUCGUCCGGCCAUUUCAUGGGGACGUCGUUGUCGCCCGUGAUUGCCGCGCAAGUGCUGGCGUCGUUCAAAGUGAUCAUGGGGCGCGACGGCACCACCAUCGGCGCGACGAAGCUCAAGGCGCUUCGAGAAAACGCCAACUUUUUGCGCCAAGGCCUCAUGGACGCUGGCAUGGUUACGUUGGGCCAAUUCGACUCGCCCGUGAUCCCAGUCAUGCUGUACUCGAUCUCCAAGAUCGCCGAAUUCAGUCGGCAGUGCCUGCGACGCAACAUGGCCGUCGUGACGGUCGGGUUUCCAGCGACACCGCUCUUGCUCGGUCGUGUCCGAUUUUGCGUGUCGGCUGCCCACACCCGUGCGGAUUUGGAAGAGGCGCUCCGGAACUUGGCCGAAGUGUCGAAAGUGUGCCACAUUCGAUUCCACAAGCAUUUGUUUGGGUAAUUUGGAUAACAACGACGCGUCUGUCUUGUGACAGAGUCAUCUGGCGA